AUGCCAGGCCACAUCAGCCACGACGAGUUCUUCGUCAAAUUGGCAGACCUCUUCGAGCAGCGCAAAGGGGAUGGCCAUGGCUCAAUAUUCCUCGUCCAAAAGCGAUUAUCGUACGAGCAAGGCGUACCCUCCCCGACAGCCGAAGACCCUUUUCCCGAUCUCCAUCCCGCGAAACCAUUGCCCGUCAUCGUACGCGCGACCAAUGGCAAGUCAAAAAGGCACAGGGACACCAAGAUCAAAUUGUCAACGAUAGUUGAGCCUGACGCUCUGGAGGCCUUCUACACCCGAUACGCAGACACUUGCAAGGCGGGUAUGGGAGCGUUAAAGCCGAGAGACCGGAGCAAGAAGAAGGCCAAGGCUAGGAAAAAGAAGGGAGUGGCUAUUGUUGCACCCACUGCAUCCUGA